AUGUUUGUCCCCCUGCCGGUCCCCUUCGUCUUUCAGAGAACAGCGUCCGACUUCAGCGCCUGGAGACUCAAGUCCUCGCUGGCUCCGCGGUCCAGCCCCGAUAUCAGGAUGUCUAAAGCAGCAGAGGAGGAGAAGCCUGGGGCUGAGUAUCCAGGGGACAGUUCAGACUCUAACAGAAACAGCCCUGAUGACCAGGUCCAGCCGAUGAAAACAAGCCCCUUCAGCAUCUCGCCCACACCGGCUGGCAGCAAGGGAAAGAGCGAGGAGAGCUCUGAGAUGACCCACAGCACCAUCCCUCCUGCUCCUCCUGCACCUCCCUCCCAGCAACAGCAGCAGCAACAACAACAACAACAACAACUACAACUACAACAACAACAGCAACAAUUACAGCAACAGCAACAACUACAACAACAACAGCAACAGCAGCAACAACAGCAACACCACCACACACAGCUGAUGCUGGCUGGCAGUCAGCUAGCAGGGCUUGCGGCUCUCCUCCCGGCCCAGCAGCAGCUGCUCCUCCAACAGGCUCAGGCUCAGCUCCUGGCCGCCGCUGUCCAGCAGUCUAACGCCGCUCAUGCCGCCCACGCCGCUCAUGCCGCCCACGUCGCCGCCCAGCAACAGGCCAACCAGCAGCAGCAGCAGAACCAGUCGCAAUCCCAGCAGCAGCAACAGCAGCAAACCAAACAGGAACAAACCGUCCAAGUCCCGCCUCCACCGCAGCUGGCCCUGUCGCAGCCAAUCCAGCUCACAGCCCAGGACAUCCAGCAGCUGUUGCAGCUCCAACAGCUGGUUUUGAUGCCGGGUCAUCAUCUCCAGUCUCCUGCCCAGUUCCUCCUUUCUCAGCCAGCGCAGGCGCAGCAGCAGCAGCAGCAGGGUUUGCUCUCAACACAAAAUCUGAUCCAGCUACCUCAGCAAAGCCCAGGGGGACUACUGACAACUCCACCUCGCCUGGGACUCCAAGCACAGAGGGAGAAGAGCAGUGAUGUGGUCGGUGGAAGCGGCGGUUCCAUAGUUGCCACCGGCAGCAGCGGUGCCCUGACGUCAGUAGGAGCCACCUCAGCCUCCAGUUCCUCGCUGACGUCCGGAUUGACUCCCGGAGGUCACGGGGGUCACAUGGGGGAGGAGCCCAGCGACCUGGAGGAGCUUGAGCAGUUUGCCCGCACCUUUAAACAGCGACGCAUCAAGCUGGGAUUCACCCAGGGGGACGUCGGCGUGGCGAUGGGCAAACUGUAUGGCAACGACUUCAGCCAGACCACCAUCUCCCGAUUCGAAGCCCUCAACCUGAGCUUUAAGAACAUGUGCAAGCUGAAACCGCUGCUGGAGAAGUGGCUGAGUGAUGCAGAAAACAUGGCCAUAGACAGCAUGCUGCCCAGCCCGUCUUCUCUCUCUUCCCCCAUGCUGGGCAUCGAGGGUCUGUCCGGCCGACGCAGGAAGAAACGCACCAGCAUCGAGACCAAUGUGCGAGUGGCCUUAGAGCGCAACUUCUGCAUGAACCCGAAGCCUACCUCGGAGGAGAUCCUGCUCAUGGCGGAGCAGCUCAACAUGGAGAAGGAGGUGAUCCGCGUUUGGUUCUGCAACCGCAGGCAGAAGGAGAAACGCAUCAACCCCUCCAGCAGCACCACGCCUCCCUUGCCUAGCCAGACCUCGCCCGUCAUGACACACAAAGCCCCCUGCUACAGCCCGCACAUGAUAUCGAGUCAGGGUCUGUCCCAGGUCACCACCUGCCUCAGCACAACCUGUGACUCAAACCUGCUGCACGGCGUCAACAUCCCCAUUCUCCUUCUUCUCUCCCCUUUAGCCGCAAGCCCUUCAGCAUCCUACCCCAUGACCCCAGUCAGCUCGGCCGCGGUGGGGUCCACCUCUUCUUCUGUGACCCCGCCCCCUCACAGCACAGCCAGCCCCGCCCCUCCCAGUCUCGGGGCCCAUGGGCUCAACACCGGGAACACAAUGAUGGGAGUAAGCACAGGGAUGAACCAGGCCCUCAUGGGCAGCAACCCGCUGGCUACCAUGCAAGCCCUGGCAGCCAGCGGCGGUCAGCUUUCCAUCUCCGGCCUGGAGGGGGGAGCGGCUCACAUGCUUCUGGGCGGACCUGGGGGUCCCGCCUUACCCCACUCCCUCCGCCCCUCCCUCUUCCUCAACCGCCCCACCCUACUCCCCAUGGUGACCGGCUCCAUGGCAACGCCCUCCACGCCUGGCAUGGGACUGGUCAGUGGCCCGAGGCUCUCCUUUUCCCGAUCUCCCCCUGGCGCCAGCGACCUCCUGAGCCCGACCUCUUGCCCCGAGGAGUCUGCCUCUCCCUGUUCAAGUCCCGCCUCUUUCUGUUCCUUCAGUGAAGCCUCGCCGCCGCCCCUGGGAGGGGCCAUGGCCGAGUGA